UAUUAUAUUAUAUUAUAAUCAUUAUUAUACUCGUCAAUUUUAUUGUUUUUCUAAAUUCGUAAUAUUGUUUUCAUGUCAUAUGUAAACAUCGUAAUCAUCUCCAUACAGUAAAAUACGUAUUGUCAAUACAGAUAUGAAAUAACUUAAAUUUUCUUUAUUAUCUUAUAAGUUUGUGAUUGUCAAUGUAGUUGCAAUAAUUUUUUUGUUUUUUCAAAAAUGAUAACCAGUAAUGUUUCUAUUACAGAAAAAUACAAAAAUAUUAUAUUGCGCCAUAACGUGCACUUGACAUUAACGAUUGAAAAAAUAGCGAUAUUAUGAAUGUUGUAGUUUUUGAGGUUCAUCGACUACAGCCUUUCUAAAAUAUGUCUUCAACUCUAAUCGCCGUCUUCGCUCCAUACUGACGUUGGAUUCAAUAAUAUGAAAACUCUAAUAUACUGUUGUGGACCAGAUCGUACAUUUGCAGUUUGAGUAUUUUGACAGAAAAUUUUUGGAUCAAAAAUGUUUUGCGGUAACGGCUUUAGGAGGCUAUGUAUUCAAACGCGCAGCUUACAUAUGCUGUCGUAUAGAAAACCUAAUCGAUUUUCGUGUACCAGUCACAUACCUUUUCCUGUCUAUAAGUACCGAUAUCCACUCGUUGGUAAAAAUGGAAGCAAUCGUUUGCAGUCAAGUGAAAGAUAUUUUAGUGUUUCACCUGUUAACCGUCUUCCAUUACCUCCAAUAGCGGCAAUAGUGUUGCGUCCAGUUGCCAAGUUUUUUGCUAUGAUGUUAGGAAUACGUAUUCGACGCUGGUGGUCAAAGCUGAGUGCAAAGGAGAAGCAACAGUUCUGGAAUAACGUACACAAACGUCGAAAGCAAAUAACUGCUGCCAUAGCUAGUGUAAUUGGUUUGUUUCUCGUUUACUGUGCUGCUCACAUGGAGUUUGACCCAAUUACUGGUAAACGUCGAUUAAUUUUGUUUACACAUCAACAAAUGGUAGAGCUGGCGAAUUCAAUUUCCAAUGAAAUAUUGAGUGAAAACAAACAAGCUGUGUUACCUACGUCACAUCCGCUUUACAAACGAGCUUUAUCCUUAGCAAUGCUUGUAAUUAAUGCCAAUAAGCCAUAUGACCGCUUACAAAAUCGAAAAUGGUCUCUGAUAGUUGUCAAUGAUCCAAGAAUUAACGCUAUGGUUUUGCCAAACGGCAUGAUAAUAGUCUUCUCUGGGUUACUAUAUACUGCUAAUGAUCAACAAGUAGGUGUUGUUUUAUCACACGAAAUUGCACAUUGUUUCCUUGAUCAUCAUGCGGUACGUUUGAGUCGAGAACAUUUACUAGAAAUACUUUGGCUUGUACCACUUACUAUAAUGUGGGCUGUGUUUCCAGUACCAGAAGCUAUUUUGGGUUACUUAUUUGGUCAUUAUUUUAAAAAUAUAGCUAUGUUGUUGCCAUAUGAACGUGAACAGGAAGUCGAAGCUGACAAGUAUGGUUUGAUGCUAGCAGCUAAUGCGUGUAUUGACGUUCGCCAGGCUCCUAUUUUCUGGAGAAGAAUGGAAAAGCUUGAUCCAAAUAAUAAAGAAACAUGGUGGUUGUCCACACAUCCGUCUCAUAGUAAACGAGUCAAAUAUAUUGAAGAUCUUUUACCGUAUGCGUUACAAUUAAGACAACAAAAUGGAUGUCCGUCCCUAGAUAGAAGUUACUGGUCAAGAUUUUCAUUGUUUUAACAAUAAUUAAGAAUUGUAGUCUAAAAAUUAUGAAUUACUUUGGUAAUUAUAUUGGUGCUUUUAAUUAUAUAGCUUAAUAUACAUAAUUUUGUCAUGAAUGUCAUGAAUAAUAAUCAUGGUAUUUUUAUAAAUUUUAAAUCAUUUGUGACAUUUUAUGUACAUAAUAUAAUUCUAAAUACUUACCAUUAUACUCAUAUAAUUAUUGUUAUUAUUAUCUUUUGUAAAUCAUGUGUGUUAUUUGUAUUAAUUAUUUAAAUUGUAAAUUGUGAAAUUGUUGUAUAGGGCUAUAAAUAAAUAUAAAUAAAAUAUAAACUAAUGUUACCAUAA